AUGGCGCACACUGUCUUGAAGCACCGAGCUGAGUUUGCCUUUGCUCAGCUUGAGAACGAGAGAGCUCUGACAUCUCUUCGUGAUGCGCUAAGGGUAGCUCGUGGGAUUGUUGAUCGGUCUCGGGAUGAGAUAGCUGCUCUUCAGACCCUUGUCGAUGCCCACCAUCGGGAGCACAAGGCUCUCUGCGAGAUGCUUGAGCGCAAGGGCGUUCUUUAUCGGAAGAAGCAGCGUACCGAUGGUACGGCUUAA